AUGUUGAGCGAGUCUGACAAGGCGAGGCUUCUAUGCGGAGACAAGGCGAGGCUUCUAUGCGGAGACAAGGCGAGGCUUCUAUGCGGAGACAAGGCGAGGCUUCUAUGCGGAGACAAGGCGAGGCUUCUAUGCGGAGACAAGGCGAGGCUUCUAGACGGAGACAAGGCGAGGCUUCUAUGCGGAGACAAGGCGAGGCUUCUAUGCGGAGACAAGGCGAGGCUUCUAUGCGGAGACAAGGCGAGGCUUCUAGACGGAGACAAGGCGAGGCUUCUAUGCGGAGACAAGGCGAGGCUUCUAUGCGGAGACAAGGCGAGGCUUCUAUGCGGAGACAAGGCGAGGCUUCUAUGCGGAGACAAGGCGAGGCUUCUAUGCGGAGACAAGGCGAGGCUUCUAUGCGGAGACAAGGCGAGGCGAUCGCCUCUCAACCUGAUUCUCCGGCCUCGCAGCCAUUUCUUCUUGUCCACGAUGAGGUGUGCUCACGCUUAA